UUGAUGCGCUAAUACAGGGUGAUUUUGCUAAUCCCAGCGUCUACCGCCUCAUGUUAAUCACAUGUGAUCCCACAAAAAAGACUGGACAAAUACUUGUGAACCAGGCUCCUUUCGUUCUUUCGUGCUGUUCUCUCGUUAGAUAUAGUUGCAAAAUCACGUGAUCAUGUAUAGAACAAGAAAACGAAUGGAGAACGAAUAAAGUGCGCAAUAAUUGGCAAUAAUACUUGCAUUUUACGUUUCAUACACUGGUACCAGAGUGAGGAUCAAGUGGAAAUUUUAGACUAGAAGGAUUUUAUUAUAUAUCGAGAAAAAAAGACAGAGCUAGAGCGAGAGAGAGAGAGAAAGAAAGUGAGAGCACGCAUCUCCGGCUAGUGUCUGUUUGUUCAGCAAAAGCUGUACAUACAUCAUAUUGUGUAAUGUGUGUGUGUAUGUGAAUAUAGUGAAUAAUAAAAAUAAAUUAAAUAAUCGAAGUGUUGUAAGGAAAGAAAAAGCUAAAAUAAUAAAUAAUGGGCCUUAAGGACUUCCGAAUAGUAUUUGACAAUCAAUGGAGUACGUAUUAUCCUGGACAGACGGUGACAGGAAACAUUAUUCUUGUACUGGAUAGUACAAAAAAGAUUCGCGGUAUAAGUGUGAAAAUAAAAGGUGAAGCAAAAACUUGUUGGGCAACUGAAAAACAAGAAAUGGAUGAGAGAGGACAAUACCGGGAUGAGACCCAAACUGUUACAGCGCAUGAAGAAUAUUUUGAAACGAAAUAUUAUUUGGUUGGAUCGGCCUCGGGUGGAGAAAUUGAAAUACAAUCAGGAGAACACAAAUUUCCAUUCACUUGUACUUUACCGACAAAUUUGCCGAGUAGUUUUGAAUCGGACUUUGGACACGUUCGUUAUAUUGUCAAAGCCACGCUAGAUCGGCCCUGGAAGUUUGAUCAAGAUGUUAAAAGUCCUUUCACAAUUAUCACUUCCUUGGAUUUAAAUCGAGAGCCCAGAGCAGCUGAAUCUGUACAACAAGAAAUGAGUAAAACGUUUUGUUGUUUAUGUUGUGGCACGCCACCAUUGACCAUAAAUUUUUCAUUACCGGUUCGAGGAUAUGUGCCAGGACAAUCCAUGCCAAUCAAGAUCAAUGUCGAGAAUUUAUCGAAUGUCGUUGUGAACACCGUCAAACUCGUGCUUUGUAAGAUUGUGACCUUUCGUGCUACCACACCGCACACGGACACUAAAAAGGAAGAAAUUGUGGUGACGGAAGUCAGUAAAGGACCGGUCGAAACCGGUGCAACUACCGAUUACGAGCAACAUCUGGAUAUUCCGCCUCUUCCACCAUCGAAUCUCACUAAUUGCGGCAUCAUCGAUCUUGAAUAUAAUUUGAAAGUGGAAGCAUGCGUUGAAGGAUGGUAUCAUCGAAACUUAUCUGCCAAUACACUCAUCUUCGUGGGAACGAUUCCACUCGCAGUUUAUCAUAUUCCGAGUGCUCCACCAGCGGGAAUGGACGGUGACUCAGCGAAGCCAUCGGAAGUUGGUUUUGUUAUACCUUCGACAAAUACUGCGUUGCCUCCAUUACCGGAGUCUCAUCUGUAUCCAAACUUACCUCCGCCGUCCUUCGAGGAAUCGUCACAUGGCGCCAGAAAUCUUCGUGACCGCGGAGAAUCGGAAUAUGUUUACGGCCUGGCUAAUCAUUUUGCACCAAAAUAUCCAGUAUAUAAUUUUGCACCUGCGCAGUAAAACAACGAGAAAUAUUGCUGUAUUAAUUAUUCCAGAAUUGUUGGAAUGCGUACUUUGCUUUUCUGCCAAUAUAAAUUUUGACGCAUAAA